AUGACAGAAAACGGUAGCGACGAUUUCAACCGCCUGUAUGAGCGACUGGUAGUACGACGUACGAAGAAAAAGCGAGCCACCUUAGAGCUGACAACUGUUAACAAUACUCCCAAUAAAAAGGCUGGAGCCUUGAAAAAGGUCUCGGAAGCUGCGAAACUGGAAGAAACGAGAAGAAAAGAGCAACAUGAACAUGACAUGCGCAUUGUCAGGACUGUAAAUCGACUGCGGCUUGCUAGGAAUCUGCGCGGUCUUGCGCGAUCAAGUCGCUGCAGUCCACAUCGUCUCGCGUUUCAGCUCGUGGCUAGCACAGAACAAAACGAUCUAUCCUUGCUUCAACAAUACAAGAGGAAUCAACGACAAUACUCAAGGUUUGUGCAGAGGCGAAAGAGGUCCGCUUCUGGCAUCGAGAAGAGAAUGAGACUGGAACGAGUUGCUGCCAGAUUGUAUCUGGAUCAAGCUGUUCACUUUAGACCUGACGCAGCGACGACACUUGAGGGACAGCAUCGUGUCAUUGACGAGAUUUUGUUCUUUUUACCUCCAAAUGCAAGUUUGUUUUCUAGAAUUGGAUACGCGGAGAGCAGUAAUGUUGUGCCUGCUCCACCACUAAGACGCAAGUAA